AUGUACUCUUGCGACAUACUACCAUUGCCAGGAUAACAGUUUCGUUAUGCAAAGAAUCUGAAUCUUCUUCGUUUGGAUAAUUAUUCCAAGUAUGACAGUAAUGGACACAACUUCAGUUAGGAUCAACAAAGUUCUACCAGAAUCAGGAAACCGACCAGCAAAUUGAAGUUGUUGAGUGUAUGCAAUUUGGUUGUCAUAGUAGUUGCAUACUUUAAAGAAGGACGAAGGCAAAAAUUUCUAUCAUCACACUUCCAUCUACAAUUUAAAGGAAUACAACAAUUUAACUAAGUCUCCUGUAUUUUUGUAAGCACUCCAAAAUAUAUCUGUAGUUUGAGUGGUAACACUCAGAAAUUGAAUGAAAUGCAGGCUAAGGUGCUCCUGACUGAUUUUCAGAGGAAGGUAACCGCUUACUUGAAGAAGGUGCCUAAUUCCAAUAAUAAUAAAUAAUAUUAUUCUGAUAUAAAACUACCAGGAUAUUCAAAAGAUUAUGAGACGUAGCAGAUUAUACUACAUACUCAGUAAGAAGAAUUGCUAAAUCGAUCAUUAUGUCUGAAUAAAUACAAUUACAGACCAGAAUUCUCUGAUGUCGGACUUGAAGUCAGGUUGAUGAACAACACCAAAUCUUUCAGUAAACAAGUCAUUCCUAAUGAAAGAAUACAGAAUCGCUUACUCAAGUUUAUGGAAAAGUACCUAAACGAUGAACACAUCGAUUAUGACUUAAAAAUGUAGAUGAUGACUAAGCAAUACCGUGAAAUUGUUAAGAAGAUCAAAACCUAGGCUUUCAAAGUCAAAGUUCCUGAUCACUAUUAGAUCUAGAUGAGUGAUUUCAAUGAUUACUAUCAAGUCAAUGAGAGAAAGUAAAGAGAAUAUCUAGAAUAAUAAUUUGACUCUUUAGCCGAUCAGAUUAUUUAAUCUAUACAGCAGAGCUAAGACUCUAUGUCUUCUUAUAGAGAAUCUUAAUCGGACAUCUACGAAUUAGAACAUCCACAGGCUACUCCAAAUAAUCACAAGUAAGAAAUAUAGUAAGAGGAACUAAAUGAAAUUGAUGAAGAUGAUGAUACAGUGAAUGACAUGAAGAAAUCCAAAAAGACUGGAAAACAAAAGGAUCCUAAAAAACUAACCAAGAAGCAAUCUAUCAAAGUAUAACGACCCUCAACUCUAUAAAGAUAAGAGUCGGAUGUUAUUUAACAAUUAAGUGAAUUGAACAAUCAAAAUCUAUAAAGAGAAUAACGAUAACCUACUGUUUAGUAGAUUGAACCAAUUCAAGAGGAGGAAUUAAAACAGACAAUCCAAGAACUCACAGAAGAACUAUAGAAACCACACAAAAAACAUUUGACCAAAGCUCAAAGGGAAGAAUAGAAAAAGAGAAAGAAGGAGAUUCAGAGAUUGCAUGAAGAUAUUGAAAGAAUCAAAAAAGAAAAGGGAGGAGAUUUUGAAUAUGAGAAGAGUGAUUCUGAUAGUGAAGAUAGGUUUAGAAGGUAGAAAUUGUACAAUUAAUUUGAUGAUAUGUUUAAGCCAAGACAACUCUCUAGAAGAUAAUCACAUCAACAUGACUAAAGUGAAGGAGAAGAUCUAGAUUAUGCUAGUGAACAAGAAGUUGAAGAUAGAAACAAAAUUCAAAGGGUUGAGUAAAUCAUACAAUAAAAACGAGAUCCUAAUUAUUAAUAUAAUCCUUAAGAAUUUUGGUAACAAGAAGUUAAAAUCAACGUAAAGAAACCUUAAUUUCCUAAUGUUGUGUCUUAAUAAAGACAAUAAGAGUAAUUCUUAUAAUUUUAAAGAGAAAAACUUGAAUAAUAAAUGCAAAUGAUUAAUUAGAAAUACACACAGUAACCAAACGACACAUCUUAACAAUAACCUAAUAAUCUUUAAUAGUAAAUACCUACCUAAUAACAACAGUAAUAAUAAUCAUAUUAAUUUUAAUAAUAGAUUAAAAAUAAUUAAUAAUAAAUUCACCCUUCUAACAAAAAUAAUCCCUAAUAAUAAUCUACUCCUAUUCCCCAAUAGGAUGAAAGAUAGAAAUAACACCCAAACUAUAGUGUUUAAAAAUCCUUUAAAACUCCUCAGUCGAUGCCUUCUCAAUAAAAUAAUUAGGAUUCAUUACCCGGAAUAUAAGAUCACUCAUUUGAUACUAAACAAAAUUCUUAACCCAUCCUUCCAUUUUAAGCUUAGGAAGUGCAGAAUGGCGUAGCAUAAAUUAAAAAUCAAACUCAAAAUAAAAAUAAAAACCAAUAAUAAUAAUAAUUUGAAUAAAGUGACUAAAAGCAAAAGCAAAAACAAUAGGGUUCAAGCGCUAAUAAAAAAUAGGAACAACCCACCUCAGAUAAUAAGGGUAGGCAAAUUCCAUCAAUGAAAAAACUUGAUUAAGAAGAUGCAUAGAUAUCUAAAGAAAUAGAAGAAUAAUUACGAUAAGUUUAAUACACUUUGAAUAGGGUUAAAAUGGGUAUGUAUGAGAAAAUGAUGGCAGCUCAAUCAGUUUAUGAUGUGGAUAUUCAUGAAUACAAAUUGAUAGAUUUUCCUUUAAAUCAAACAGUAUUUCCUAAACUCAAUGGAGAGGAUGAAAAGUUAAUCUUUCAAUAAUUAUUCGCUUGGUAGAAAGAGAUCUAUAAAACAAUUCCAAUUUUGCAUCAAGUGAAUAGAAAUUUAUAAAUUCCUGAUGAAAAUGAGGGAGCAGCUUCAUAAUUAGUUAGUAGUGAUGAUGAUAACAACUGA